AUGAUUAACAAAUUGGCUGAACUUGAAGACAGAAGUCGACGCAACAACUUAAGAUUCUGUGGGAUUGAAGAAGUUGAAAAUGAAAGCUGGGAGGACAGUGAAAAAAAAGUAAGAGAAUUUUUAAAUAAUAAACUUCAGCUACACGGAAAAUUUGAAAUUGAAAGAGCACAUCGAGUCGGAAAGAAACUACCUGAAAACAAUAAAAAAAACAGAUCGAUCGUAGUCAGAUUUCUUAACUACAAAGACAAAGCCACGAUAUUAAGAAAAUACACGACGAUGAAACUGUGGACUCAAAAGGUUUACAUAAAUGAAGAUUAUAGUGAUCAUACGAUGGAAUUGCAAAAAAAAACUACUGAAUGA